AUGGACAAAUACUCGAGGCAGGCCGGUGACAACGCCUACGACAGUGACGCAGAGGCAGACGAUGAAUUUGAGCGAUCCGUCUUUACGUCACCCAUCAUAGCCGCACACUUUGCCGACGACGGCUCCGAUCAUCCUUCGGAAUCAGAGGACGACAAUUCAGUCAUGGACGGAGAGGAUACACCGACGACACAGGGCUGGGCGGAUCGGGAGGGCCGAAGUCCUACGGGCAAGAUCACUCAGUGGUCAGAGGAAGAGACGGCAGACUACAUUGCGGCGCUGUCCCCUGCGCUGAAGCAGUACGGGCAGAGGUUGAUUGAGGAAGGCGUGAAUGGAGAGGCAUUGAUUGCCUUGAAUCACGAAGAUUUGAAGGAGCUCGGAAUCACAAGUGUCGGACAUCGUCUGACGAUUUUGAAGGCUGUCUAUGAGCAGAAGAUGCGGGCAGGGAUCAAAAUUGAAGAUGGCGACUAUGUGCCUCUCUCCGUGGAGGGCGAGAAGGGAGACCAGCAUGCCACACAAGACGACAUUUCUCGUCUCAUCGAAUCGCUUCGGCUCCGCGAUCAACGCAUGCUGCAGACUGAGGCAGAACUUCGCACUCUUAAGCAAGAUCUGGACCGAGUGGUGGACGAAAAUCGCAAAUUGCGCGAAGAAACGCUACCCAUCAUGCGCAAGAUGAAGGACGAGUGGGCACCUCUGCCUGAUCCUUCUGGAGGAACAAUACCAUCACCUCGAGGGGUGGAAGCUCCACGAGCCAUGGAACCAUCUCCGACCCACCCUCCUCAAUCACAUACUCCUCAACCGCGCGAAGUCCGCGAUGACGGCGGCGAGCAUCUUCAAGCGUCCGCUGCAGCCAUGGCUGCCUCAUCACACCUCACGGCCAGCAUGGCUAGUCAGCAUUCACCAAUAUCCACCAGCCACGGCCAACAACUGAGUCCAACUAGUCCGGCCUACAGCACAGGUCCAUCACACUACUCUGCAGCUACACCGCAUUACUCCGCCGUUGUGCCCGGCGGUCGCUCAUUCCCGAGAGAUGCUCCGACACCCAGUCCGCGAGAAGACGAAGGAUCAACACGCGGCGCCGACCGCGAUAAUCCUCAAGUGGAGAUAUUCAAGAGUUUCCGAGUCAGCAUCGAUGAUCCGUGUAGAGUUGUUCUACCGGUGGCCCUCAAACGCUACAACAUCACCGACGACUGGCGCCAAUACGCCCUCUACAUCGUUCACGGCGACCAAGAACGCUGCCUCGGACUGGAAGAAAAACCCCUCCUCCUCUUCAAACAACUCGACAAAGAAGGGCGGAAACCGAUGUUCAUGCUCCGCCGGCACGCCUCGCCGCAAGAAGGGUGGAGUGGCGCGGCGGGGAGCUCGGCGAUGGCACAUCAUGGACAUGGAGGGGGACAUGGGGAAGGAGGGAAUGCCGGAGGAACGAAGCAAAUUCCGGGCGGUGUGCUAUAG